AUGGCAGCCUCCAUGUGGAAAAAUAUGAGAAAUUUUGUAUCAAGAAAAAAUUUGUAUCGACUGGUGUUUGAUCCCCAGUUGGCAAUUUUUUCUAUGUUUGUGCUUCUUAUUGCUGAGCUGGUUGUUAAUAUUUUAGUAAUCAAGAAAAUCAAAUACACUGAGAUAGACUGGACAGCCUACAUGCAGGAGGUGGAGGGGGUAGUGAAUGGGACAUAUGAUUACACACGGCUGAAGGGAGACACUGGGCCGUUGGUAUAUCCAGCAGGUUUUGUGUACAUCUACCUAGCCCUGUACUACAUUACGAGUUAUGGACAUAACAUUCGUCUGGGACAGUAUUUGUUUGCUGGGCUGUACAUGCUGUCACUAAUCGUACUGUUUGACAUUUACAGGAAAACAAAGAGGGUGCCCCCAUAUGCGUUUAUCUUUAUGUGCUGUGCCUCCUAUCGGAUCCACUCCAUCUAUGUACUGAGGCUGUUCAAUGAUCCAGUGGCCAUGUUUUUCAUGUACCUGGCUGUUGACUGUUUCCUCAGAGAUCGAUGGGGGUUAGGAUGUCUGAUAUACAGUCUGGGUGUGUCGAUUAAGAUGAACCUCCUCCUGUUCAGUCCGGCUCUACUCAUGUUACUGAUGGUCAGGCUGGGGACGCUCAAGACCAUCUGGCAUCUUACCAUAUGUGCAGCUCCUCAGAUUGCCUUGGCCAUCCCUUUCUUACUGGAGAACCCAGUGGGGUACAUAGUCAGGUCGUUUAACUUUGGACGCCAGUUUUUCUAUGUUUGGACUGUUAAUUGGAGGUUGAUUCCUGAGGAUAUUUUCCUGAAUAAAUAUUUCCAGACAGCUCUGCUUUUUUCUCAUGUUGCUGUCCUCAUCUUGUUUUUCAUGUUUAAAUGGAGAAGAUUGUAUCCAGACAUCAAAUUCGGACUUUGGAUGAGGGAGUCUAGUACAGCAUUAUCACCAAAUCAGAUAUUACUGCCCCUGUUCACAGCCAAUCUAAUCGGGAUGAGCUUCAGUCGCUCGCUACAUUACCAGUUCUACGUCUGGUAUUUCCAUACCCUGCACUAUUUACUCUGGUCUACAACCCAGCCCCAAAUUGUCAAGCUGUUGAUAUUGGGUGUGAUUGAGCUGUGUUGGAAUACGUAUCCUUCCACUAUGAUAAGUAGUUCCCUGUUACACCUGUGUCAUGCGUUUAUGCUGCUUACAUUGUGGUUUUCUCCAGACUAUACACCUACAGAUAAAACUGUUAAGGCUACCAAGAUCAGCUGAUUUCAGGGUACACAGAUGGAAAUGAUGCAAUUAAUGACUGUGUGUGUGUGUAGCAUGUGUCAGAGAGUGAUGUGUUCAUAAGUGCCAUGAUGAAUCUAUCCAGAAAAUCGGAUGCAUGUUAAUGCUCAGCAAAAAAUUACAAAGGAUUGUAUAUAUAUAUGCAAUCAAUAAUUUAAAACAUAUGUAGACAGUGCAAUUAAUUCAAAUAAAGGAGAUGUUAUCUAAAAUCAAA